AUGCUGCGCAAGCCGCCGUCGCUCCACCAGGCGAGCUCAGGGUUAGGGAUGACGACAAGCUUGAGCCCCCAUGCCGCCGGAAUGCGUGGUCCAUCACAAGGUCAAGGUGCCUUCACCCCGUUGUCUCAGUUAACCCUCGGAUACCACGGUUGGAGGAGCAGAGUCCGGGUGCGCGUCUCCAGGAUUUGGGUGGCCUCCAAUCCAAAUACUGGCGAGGAAUACGGUCUCCGCUGCCUCCUGGUCGACAGCGAGUUAUGCAAGCGUGUGCGCGUCCCUGGGUCGGAGCGACUCAAACACCAGCUAGUUGAAGGGAAGGUCUACGCCUUGUCGAAUUUCGGAGUACGCGAAAAACUGGACAAGUACAUGGCCUGUAGCAAUGGUUUAGUAAUUAGCAUGGGAGCACAGACAGUGGUGAACGAGACAACCGAUCAUACCGGUUCUUCGAUACCUCUCCAUGGCUUCGAGUUUGUUGAUUUUGGUGAUCUUCCAUCUAGGAACAAUGACAGGAGCUUGCUUACGGAUGUCAUUGGCCAGAUAGUUUCCAUUGAAGAUGAGGGGUGGACUUGGAAGUGGGUACUUUUAUGUAACAUAUCUUUUCGCAACAUACAUCUGCGCGAUUUGGGGGGAAAGCAAUUGAAUGUCACUCUCUUUGGAGAUUUGGGUCGCAAUUUCAACGCAGAGCAGGUUUUCAAGCAAGGCCAAAAAGUCCCAGUUGUUGCUAUUUUUGCAGGGAUGCUAGUUGAGUACUACAAGGAAAUACGAUUUAUAGUUCGCUCAACAUCAGCUUCAAAAUACUACCUGGAUUUGGAUGUAGAGGAGGUGCAAAAGUUCCGUGCAAGCUUGGAUGGUCCACAUAAACCGAUCGAUCGCCUCCCAUGUCGGCUACAAAAGCCUGUAAAACGAACUGAGUUAGUUGAUAGCUGGCGAACAAUAAAACAACUGACAAGCCUCACUGCAUAUGAAUUACAGCGUACCUGGUUGUGCAGAGCCACCUUGAAAGGCAUAGACUGCAAUAAAGGUUGGUCAUACGAGUCAUGCUUUCACUGCCGUCGCUCGAUCAGUUGGGGUGGAAGCAAAGUCUUGUGCAUCGAUGAUUGUCCACUAUCUGUUGAGAGGUACAAGCUGCAUGCGGUGAUGGAAGACGAGACAGGCUCUGUGAAUGUCAUGAUAUUUGAUGAUGCAGCACAAAAGCUUGUAGGUGUUGCAGCAGAGGAGCUCAAUGGAGCGGUCACAGGUGAUGGCAUCUCAGCUGUCAUCAGUUCGCAACACAGACGUGCCUUCGUUGUGACCUGCGGCAAUGGGUGCUUCGUGGUGAAGCACGUCCUGAACGAUGAUGAGCUGCAGCGGCUCGAUAGUGGUUUUCACAUAGAAGCUGGAGAUGAUAGUAAUUUGUCACAGGAUGAGGGCUCUUAUGCAUCCGAUGGCUCCAGUUUACAAGUGAAGAAGGAGAAGAUGGUGAUCAAAGAAGAGAUGGGAGCAGCCGUUGGUGGUGAAGAGCCAGAGGUUGAGAGCUCUUCUGCAUCCUGCAGCCCGAGUCCCCUAAAAGUUGUUAAGGAGGAUAUGGAGACUGAAGAAGAAAGAGAACCAAAGAGGCAGUAG